AUGCAUCCAGCACUGACAGCCUUCUUCAUGUUGCUCUUUGCCCUAUUGUGUCUCCUGGGGAUCCUGGCAAAUGGCUUCAUUGUGUUGGCACUGGGCAGGGAGUGGCUGCGCUAUGGUAGACUGCUUCCCUUGGACAUGAUCCUCAUGAGCCUGGGUGCUUCCCGCUUCUGCCUGCAGUGGGUUGGGUUGGUGCACAACUUCUACUACUUUGUCCACAUGGUCGAGGACUUCAGGGGUCUCUCCCAACAGCUCUUUGCUCUCCAUUGGCACUUCCUGAACUCAGCUACCUUCUGGUUUGGUACCUGGCUCAGCGUCCUGUUCUGCAUGAAGAUUGCUAACAUCACCCACCGCACCUUCCUCUGGCUGAAGUGGAGGCUCCCAGGGUCAGUGCCGUGGCUCCUGCUGGGCUCUGUUCUGUUCUCGUUCAUUGUAUCUCUGCUCUCCAUUUGGGGAAAGCACUCUAUGUAUCGAAGGUUUUUAAUUAGAAAAGUUUCUUGUAACAUGACCUAUAAGGAAUGGAGCAGAAGGAUGGAAAUUUACUAUUUUCUACCUCUGAAACUUGUCACCUUGUCAAUCCCUUGCUCUGUCUUUCUGGUGUCAAUUGCACUGUUGAUUAAUUCUCUGAGGAGACAUAUCUGUAGAAUGCGGCACAAUGGACACAGCCUGCAGGAGCCCAACACCCAGGCUCACACCAGAGCUCUGAAGUCCCUUAUCUCCUUCCUCUUUCUUUAUAUUCUGUCCUUUGUGUCCCUGAUCAUCUAUGCAGUAGAUAUUUUCUCAUCAAAGAGUGAGUGGUUCUGGCCUUGGCAAAUUAUAUUCUACCUGUGCAUAUCUGUCCAUCCUUUCAUCCUCAUCUUCAGCAACCUCAAACUUCGAGAUGGGUUUAGGCAGCUAUUGCUGUUGACCAGGGCCUUCUGGGUGGCCUAA